UGUGUGUGUGUGGUUUUGAGGAGAUCCUGACCCCUUUUGGACUGUGAUUAUGGGUCUUUGAUGUAGGAAACACACAGAGGUGGUUGACGUAUCAAUUGCACCUGAAUUGUACAAAUUAUUCUUGAAGUUUGAUUUAAACAAGUCGUCCGCGCCCUGACAGUGCCAUCCCAUACGAUAUUCAUAAAUGCUUUGAGCCAAACUAGUUACUAUUAGUCUUAUCUGCAGGACGCCACCCCGAUACUGGUCAAGCGUGUGUUAAUGCGUAUCCAAGAUCAAAUUAAGUGUUUUACAUAUAUAAAUUCAAUUUAUGUAUCUCAUAACGAGAAGCUAAUUUGCUCUUUCAUUGUCAACGUUCCGCUGUUGGGUUAAAUAACAACCAGAAACAAAAGAGUUUGGCUAGCGUAAUAAGUGAAUUUAACCGAAGAAGGAAGUGCGCACCAUUAAAACCUCUCGCUCUGCAUCUACACUCUUUGUUAAACAUCAAACUUUCGGUCUUCGCUUCGUCUAUGCAAUCCCCAGUGUGCGGAUAUUUGCCGGAGUCUCCCGAUGCUCUUGUUGGGAGGCGGACGUUUCACAAAUGUCACAUUUAUUUUUACUUCAUGGACUGGAUAUUAUGAACAUCUGCUGAUCGCAUGAACAGGCAGGAGUAUGGGCAAAUUCCAGUCCAAACUCGCAUCGAAACGCAGACAGAGUCCUGAAGGAGGUAGUUUGGCUUCCAAUGUGCUGAGUUGUCAAAGAGAGCUGGAGCGCUCCAGCAGCCACAAAACCAAACUGACAGAGAACUUGUAUGCUGAAUUGAGGGAAAACAAGUCUGACUGUCACAGCAACCUUAAAGUUGCUCUUCCACCAAAGAGGACACAUGACAGAGGUGACAGCAUCCACUUCCAGGUCAAGAAACAGAUGAGGAAGAGGAGCAGCCAUGCUGGUGCCACAGAGAGUAACACGGUGCUUGAUGAGGACUCUCAGCAGGAGUGGAUCUUCACAUUGUACAAUUUUGACCACGGUGGAAAGAUCAUCAAAGAGGACAUGUGCAGUCUGAUACACUCCAUGUAUGAGGUUUUAGAGGCAUCAGUCAAGCAGCCUUACGGUGGCAUCACACCCCUGAGGAUAAAGCUGGUUGUAACUCCGUCAGGGCACCCAGAAAAUACCUCACAGAUAGCACAGACGGAGCAGAGUGUGUCUCAGGAGACAGGAAGACCAGAAGGAAGACAUUACUGUGUGGAUGAAAACAUAGAGCGCAGAAACCACUACCUGGAUCUAGCCGGCAUUGAAAACUAUACCUCCAAGUUUGACAAUACAGAAUCUCCCACCCAGGAGUCCAGACAGGAUGCUCACUCUGCUCUUCAGUACCACCCUGUGGUAAUCAGUGAAAACUGCAUCUCCCUUGAGUCUCCCAAAAGCCUCUCUGUUCCUCAUUUCCUGAAAAGCAAGGCCAUGCUAGUGGGGAAAGACAAGAACGGAGGAGAGGGAAAGUCUUGCAGAUUUCAUGGCCAACACCCUGUUUCAUGGUGCCACCCUUCUCAACCUUCGACACAUCGCACCCACAGCAAGCGGCUUCGCUCCAGGGUACAAGGGACUGCCUCGCACUUUAAACCCAUACAGGGUGGAGAUAUAGAGAUAUUUUCCCACCAUCAGCCCCCAUGUGGGGCUCUGGCCUCCCCAGUCCAGAGACAUGCACACCAUCACCACCAUGAGCACCAUCAUCAUCAUCAUCACCACCAUCAUCAUCACUGCCAGCCUUCAUAAAUGUAUUUU